AUGGGUCCGUAGUGGUGUUCGUGGUUAUACUGAAACACUGGUCACUGGUAACGUCAACAACAUCUACCUGCCUGUAAAGGGAUGUUUAUCACUCAGUCCCUUGAAGAUUAAAACCUGAAACUUUAUUCAGUUUCACCAAGUACAGGUCGUAUAUCCUACAUAAACAGCAGUCAUGGCACCGGGCAAACACCAUAAAAGUCAAUACAGGAUGACUCGGGCAGAAGCAGAAGACAUAAUGGAGACAGAUACUCGGUUAAAAGACUUUUGGACUGUUGAUUUUGAUUAUGACAAUUGUUCCAAACUACAGGAAGCUAUUGAUUUGCUCUUCAACUCGAUAGAAGGGAACAAAUAUGAAGUUGACUACCAAAAUAACCAGAAUGGCACUCGUCUCAUUAUCCACUGUCAGGUAUGCUCCAAGGAUUUGUCAUCCUAUGAUCCCUUCUACACUCAUGAGAAUGGCAGAAGCCACAAGAAGUUACGACAGCAGAUAAUAACCCCAAAGGAUCCAAACAUCAAAGGCACCCUGCGGCGCCAGCCACAUAAUGUGCAACGUGGGAUUUUUCCAGAAGGAUCAUUAGAGGAUAAGAUUGAUUCCUGUUCAGAACCUAUCCUUGGUGUACAUUUUGUGUAUAAAGAAGUAAUUGCUGGAAUUGAGACCUACACCUGUCAUUUAUGUCAAAAGGACACAGAUGUUACACGAAUCAGGUCAUCCAAAAUGUUGUCACAUCUGAUUUCCAAGGCACACAACAAGAAAUACAUGGAAGUAAAAUUUGGAUACCUCAAGAAAUCCUACUCUGACUAUGAAGACGAAGCAAUGCAGAUUGAAAAGUUUGAAGGAAAGAUCCAUACAUCCAUAAUAGAUUUCACAAAACAACUACCUCUUGACCUAAUUAACCAGAGUUCUGCAAAUAUGACUCCUAUCGGUAACAAACUCAAGUUGUCAAGAAGUGUUUCUAACAGUCCAUCCCGAAGUAGACGUUCAAGAAGUUCUUCGCAUAGUUCAUACUCAAGAAGUCCUUCCCGAAAUAGACGUUCAAGAAGUCCUUCCCGAAAUAGACGUUCAAGAAGUCCUUCCCGAAAUAGACGUUCAAGAAGUCCUUCCCUAAGUAGACGUUCAAGAAGUCCUUCCCGAAAUAGACGUUCAAAAAGUCCUUCCCGAAAUAGACGUUCAAAAAGUCCUUCCCGAAAUAGACAUUCAAAAAGUCCUUCCCGAAGUAGACGUUCAAGAAGUCCUUCCCAAAGUAAAUAUUCAAGAAGUCAGUCCCUACACAACUGUAAAAGUACAUCUCCAGAGUGUGUCGACCAAGUGGUUAUCCCUCCAGAACCAACAAAACCUCUCAUGUGUGAAGUUGCAGUGACUACUGACAUGUCACAAUACCCCAAUCAUAUCCUAAAGGAAGUAAAUCUCUUGAAAGAGGCAUCAUGCCAGGAGUUGUUGCAAGAAGAUACUGAUAUGCAGGGGCUUCUCAUUCAAACAUUGUGGGUGCUCAACUUAAAACUUGAGAAAUAUUACCUUCGUUCAAAUCGGAUGUACACUUGUAGUGAAGGCACCUUUCCCCUCACACAAGUUUCAGUGAAAGUGAAGGAGAAAAUUGCCCAGCUGGAUGUCAUUCCACCCAUUCAACAUGAUAAUGAUGAGUAAGUUUAUUCAAGAUGAAAUGAAUAUGUUUUGACCUGCUCAUCAAUGAGAAGGCUUUGAACUUACUGAACCCUUAAGCCCCGGGUUAGUGUGCUGUUGGCAGUACCCCACACCCACUGGUAAAUGGAGAAAAAUCAGCUUUUCCCAAAAUUUUUUUAACCUUUUUAAAUGAUAAAACAAUAAAAAAUAAUUAAGAAAAACUAUAUAUUGACCCUCUAGAAACUUCGUAGGCUGCAUGGAGGGAGGGAGGAGGGGGUAGGAGAUAAGGAGACAGUGUUGGUUUGACGGCUAACACUCGUGGUCCUUACGCACUUAACAGCUAUUUUUAGCUCGCCUUUGUGUCCGAGGUGGCCAAUAAUACAUAUAUUUACCGAUCUUAAUAAUUAUUUGCUACAAAUAAUUCAUUUUGAAUAUUUUAUUUGCAUUAAUUUUCAUAAAAACUGCUUGGCAACACUCACCAGUCGGUCGCCAGCUCUCUGGCUGUCUUUGUGUUUGGUAGAGCAAGUAAUACAUAAAAUAAUAAUAU